CGCAUCUCUAGCUUCAAUUACACCACCCACUUGGCUCGGGAUAUAGUCAAGAAAUAUCUCACCAUGGCUUCGCUUUCGGUGCUCCAUGCCGUCAACCAUCGUCUCACGAACAUUCCGGUCAAGCAACUCCCCGCCAUUACAGCGAGCUUGGCCAUUUCUCUCUCCAAUUGCGGGGAGUUGCUGUCCUCGACUCAGUCCCUGUCGCAAAAGUCCAAACCGGGAAAAUCCGAUGCCAGUUCCGACAAUGCGAUCCAGAUGCAUCGGUUGAUGACGCGACUGUCGAGUCUGCUGCAAGAUCGCAGUCCGGAAGGGCGAUGGACGGCCGUGGUGUUGAUCAAGGCGGCGGUGGAGGCCGGACAAUGGGAGAUCCUCCGCUCGUGUGAGCCGCUGGUGCGCGGACUUAUUGCGAUCCUGACGAAACCCGAUCCCAAUUCCACCAAGAAAAUGGCCCUCAUCACCUUGACCCGCAUCUUCCACCUCACCUACCAGUAUCCCACCCUCGUGCGCGAGAUUACCACCCCGUCGCUGCCUGGGUUCGUCACUUCCGCCUUGAACCUGAUCUCCGUGAAGGCCUCGUCCGAACCCGUGCGCCGCCUGAAGCCCCAUACCCCCUUCGUCGAGAUCGUCCUCCAGGCCCUCGGAGAGCUGAUCGUCCGUCACCCGACCACCUUCCGUCCCUUCUCCGCUCAGAUCCAUAGCGUGCUGCUGGCGAUCAUUGGGUCGACGUCGCCGUGUUUCCCGGAUCCGGUGGUGAACGUGGCGGAGCGCCUAUUCGUCUCUCUGCACCAAUGCGCGCCCAAGAACGCUUCGACCGACGAGUGGAAGAGCGCCUGCAACAUGACCAUCGCCUCGGCGCACGAAGCCGCCCAGUCCGUCUUCCGCUCGGUCGUAGAGCAGUGGGAGUCGGUUGAUCCGACCACCCGGAGGUCCGCGAGAUCGUCGGACUACACCAAGGAGGUGGGUGGCCAGGGGGAUGCCCUGGGACUCGGGGCCUGGCAGAGUGUACACGCCGGCGUAGAUCGGCUCGUCAUGCUGCUGCGACUGCUCUCGACAUUCUUGGGGACCCCCACGGCAUCAGCCGUCGCCGUCCCCAUCGGCGCCAUCCUGGAUCUGACGUCGCGACUGACAUCGCUGACGGUACCCUCCCCCGGGAGAGAGGUCCAACCCAACCAGCAGAUCAGUCGCGUCGAGCGAGAGGAGCUCUUCACGGAGCUACCCCGCAUCCACACUGCCUGCCUCGAGCUGCUGCUCACGCUCUCGCGGACCCUCGAGUCGGCAGUGACCCCCGUGGGCCAGACCAUCCUGGAGCAAACCCUCUGGGUCUUCCCCGCGGAGCGAUUCAGCCGCCAGGUGCGCUCGUCGACCUACGAGCUAGUCCAGGAGCUGCUCCCGCACCUGGGUCCCACGAUGUCCCGGCAGAGCGUCUCCGCGUUGACAAACCUCAUCCGGGCCUGCUGCAGCGAUCUCCUCCCACCAACCAACGACCAGACCGGCCCCGCGGCCGACACCAAGGGCAAGCCAAAAUCCAACCCGACGACCGCCAACGCCGACUCCUUCCUGAAUCCAACCCUCAAGCAGACCCGGCAGGCCGACUCGUCCUCCUACCCGGACCUGCACCGCACAGCCGUAUCCUUCCUCCCCGCCGUCCUCAUGCACGCCCCCACCGAGCACUUCUCGCCCGCCCUGCGCGCCGAAAUCGACCGCACCAUCAUCCUCACAGCCGACAAAGACGCCAUGCUCGCCAGCGUGCUCAACCCCAUGCCCGCCAUGAAGGGCCGCGCGGCCCCCGCCAGCAUCCUGCCCUUCCUCGCGCGCAGCGCGCCCACCUCCCCCGACGUCGAGGCGCUCAUCCGCCCGCGCAUGCCGGUCCUGAUGCCCACCUCAACCAUCGGCACCUACGACACCAUGGACGAGUCGGAGUCAGAAUCUGAAUCCGACCCCAAACCCACAACUACCAUCCCAUCCCACACCAAAUCCGGCUUUCUCCACACAUCUUCCUCCGCCACCACCAUGCUCCAAUCAGCAGCCGCGCCCCAGCAAGCCCCGACCCUGCAAAUGAGCAAGCGCACCUACGAAGAGGAGCCGCAGGUCCUCCGUUCGCAACAACAGCCAGCAGCGCAAACCACCGCGCCUGAACGGUCCCACAGCAAGAAGCCCCGCGUCUCGGCUGAGACCACCCCGGCGCCGUCUCUGGGCGCCGCCUCACCGGCUACUUUCACAGGCACGGCGGCCAUCCCGGCACCCGUGGACCCGGAGAUUACCGCUGCGGCGGCCCCGGCUCCUGUGUCGGCUGGUGGAGUGGGUGCUGCGGCGGCGGCGGAGGAGGAGGAUGGGGAUGAGAGUGGUGAUGAUUUGCCUGCUUUGAAUCUUGAUCCGGAUACGGAUGAUGAUGAUGAUGAUGAUGUGAGUAUGGAUGGUUGAUUGGUGAUUAUAGAAAGAGGGGGUAGAAUAUAAUGCAUGCAUAUAC